AUGCAGGGCAUCGAGUUUCUUCAGCGCUGGUUCGCCUUCGAGGUCCGCUACCUCUACGAGACGGAAAGUAUUUCCAUCCGGGCACUGAAGCCUUUAGUGGACUGCAUCUUGUCUCUUGAAUGUCUAAUGAUAUCGGAGAAGAAAGAGGCCGCCCUGGCCUCUCCGCAACGAGAGCAACAGUGUCUCUGCACCAUCAGGUGCCUACAGAGUUUCUGUGCUUGUCUCAGUCGACUGGCCGCAGAUGCCCUGCGGGAUCGGAAGCUCGUGGAGCUCAACCACGAGCCCGAGGUAUUGGUAUUGGCAAGUGUGAUUCGAUGGAGAGACAAGCUCGAGAGUGACGCACGGAAUGAAAGCCAAAACUUAUUGAUGACCAAAACGACGAAAGCACAGUUUUUCGACAUUGACUACCACCCCCAUGCUUCCUUGCUCAACAUAGAUGCAGGUGACAUUGCCUUCGUGGCGAUGAACAACACGGCAGUGGAGAGAUGCCACAAUCUCAUCUUCCAGUUCAAGGAGCUGCGCGAUGCUAUUUGGGGACGACGUGAAUGCCUCGACCACAUUGACGCACAUUUAGACAGAGACGAGACGCUGACAAGCAGCAUUAAAGCGUUCGAACUGGCGUAUCUGCACUGCAAACGCCUCAUCCUAAGGCCUUGCAAUCUGGUCUAG